GGAACACACAACGGACCAGCGACAUCCAGCCGGAAGACCGAGUUCGAUGGACUCCCAUAACUAUACGGACUGCUGAGUAACAGGAAGGAGGUGGCUGCCCAUGGACGUACUGCUGCGCUCCCGGUGAGCGCAGGAGAACUGCCCGUGCUUUCUCGCAUCGCCCGCAUGGGCAAGAGCGGCAUCGUGCGCGUGACUCUGGUCGCGGCGGGCGACAGCGACGUCGGCAAGUCGUGCCUGACGCACGCGUACGUGCACCGAUGCUUCCCCGCCGAGCGUCCGCCCACGACGCUCGACCAGAAGGAGACGCUGCUGCACUGGAACGGCGAAACGGUGCACCUGAGCUUGUGGGAUACCCCGGGCUCCAGCUCGUACGACAAGCUGAGGCCCCUCGUCUAUCGCGAGGCUGACGUGGUGUUGAUCUGCUUUGCGCUAGACAACCGGGCCAGCCUAGUCAACGUCGAGCAAAAGUGGGCGCCCGAGAUUCGAAAGCACCUGCCCAAGGCGCCUAUAAUACUCGUCGGAAAUAAGCAGGAUGUUCGAGACUUUGAUCCACAGCCACUGUGUGAAGUGGAUCCCAGGCCAGAUGCAGACUCAUUUGUGAGCACUUCCGAAGGCGAAGCCAUGUUGAAAUGCAUCGGCGGAUCGGCCUACGUGGAAUGUUCGGCACUGAUGGACCAAGGUCUCGAAAAGGUCUUUGGAGCGGCAAUCGAAGAGGCACUCAAGCAGAAAACUCGAGAGAAGAAGUGCUGCUCCUGCUGCUGCAGUAUUUUGUAACCACUUGGUUUGCACAGCUUUCAGUCUUUCAGUAUUAAAAUACUCAUUAGAGAUGAUCUCUA